UAAGACUAAAGCACUUGCCCAAAAUAUCUUCUAGUCUCUGCUGCAGCUCGACCACACAAUAUAAAGUAAUGACCACGCUGAACAAAAUGUUGACAUUAAAUCUACAUACUGCUCAUAAUGAAGAACACGACCUCAGUUAAAGUCUGAUCAUGAGUGAUGCUUCGGUGCCGAGGAAGGCCGCUCAGCAGUCCCAGUCCAGUGCCAGUGGUCACACGCAGAUGACAUCACGCCAACCCUACAUCAGCGAACCCAUUGCCUCUAAACACGUGUGCUUUUAUAAAAGUGGCGAUGCACAGUUCAGCGGUCUACCUGUGGUCGUCAACAGUCGCACCUUUAGAACUUUCGAGGCGCUCUUGGACAGCCUUUCCAAACGUGUGCCUCUGCCGUUCGGCGUCCGAACCGUUACGACUCCACGUGGCCAUACGGCGGUUCGGUCCCUUGACCAAUUACAUCACGGCCACGCCUACAUUUGCUCCGAUCGAAGGACGGUCAAACCCGUCGACCUGGAGCGGGCUCAGAGGAAACUGCCCCCCUGGUAUCACGCUCGCCCGGUGAGCGCUCGUCGUUUGACUUUGAGGAAGCGCAACCCGGCUCCACGUGGAGCCCGGAGCGCGAGAAGAAACGAGCACGAUGCCCUGCUGCACACGCCAAAACGACUGGUGGUGUUUCGCAACGGAGAACCGGAGGUGAAACACACACUUAUACUGCAAAAGAGAACAACGCAGUCUUUUGACAGUCUGCUUCAGUACAUGUCUGAGGUCAUGAGCUUCCCUGUCCUCAGGUUACACACACCCGAUGGAAGAAGGGUGGAUGGGCUUCCUGCUUUGAUCUUGUGCUCAGGGGCUGUAGUUGCCGCUGGACGAGAACACUUCAAAAAAAGAAACUAUGAUAUACAGAAGACAUCUCCACCAACAUGGCUACCAUCUAAAAGAGUGGGAAGGCUACAUCCAAUAGAAAGGAAAAAAAAGUCAAGCAUCAGCAAAUCUCGUCCCUUCUCGCCAUCCUCUGAACGUUAUGUUGUGGAGCAAAUACACAACAGCAUUGCAGGGAGCAUUCGAAGUAACCCAGCUGGCUCUUUGGAGUCUGGACAGCCCCUUGAUUCAAUUGCUGAGACAGAUAUGAUGGCUUGCCUGGAUGGCGAGGGAGCCCCUGAGGACGACAUCGAAAAAUCCUUUAGAGUCAAUCAGGAUGGAAGCAUGACUGUAGAAAUGAAGGUGCGCCUCACUAUUAAAGAAGAGGAAACGAUCAAUUGGACCACCACGGUCAGUCGCUCCAUUGUGACCAAUCAAAUUAAAGCGCUUUCUGAUUUUAGUAUUGAUUUGGAUGCAAACUUGCCCGCUCUCGAUGAUCCUGUAACCACAGACUCUAAAAAUGACAACCUCUCUUGGCCUGAGAAAAACUGUGAUGGACGUGUAGCGAGCAUGGAGCAGCCCUCUUCACCCCUAAUGCAAUCCCCCAUGAAACAUCAAACACAGGCAUCUGCAGAGAGAUUCAGGACUAUAACUGACCCAGACAUUCAAGAGAACAGUUCAUACAAGGGACAGCUUGCCAAUGAAGAAAAGGUACAUUGCAACCGCCCCGUACCCAGACCACGAGGAACUCUGACCACUGAAGUGAACAACAAACCCGGCAGCUUCACAACUUCAGAGGUUCUCCAACAACAAGAAAACAACAAGGAGGUGUGUAAGACAGUGCUACACAUCUAUGAAAACCAGACAUGCCAGGAGAACCUCUCUGAAAAUAUGCAACCUGGUUUGCCAAGGCCUGGUACAUCACCUGAUGCCUUACCCCAUUCAGCAUCUUCAGAUCCGGUUCCUCUAGAUAAAACAUCAUGUUGCUUUAGUGCAGAUGUGCAACCUGAGACAUUGGCAACCUCCAAACAUCAGUCAACAACGAAACAGCUCUCGCCAACCCAUAAACCCGAUACUUCCACUAACAACGCAAACACAGCCUCAACGCAUUGGUUUAAAGAGCCAGUACAUCGCUCUACACCUGCUAGCGUGUUGCAAAAAGCAUCAGUAUCUAGAAGUACUUCAAACUCAAAGAGGAAGCCAGUGAGAGUAAUAGUGAAGAAGAAUUACUUGUUAAACACUGCUAAUCUCGAAAGAAAAAGAAAGGAUAGUAAAGUUGACAUCCUCAAAGAAAUAAGGAAAAUAAGAGCUGAUCUACUGAACCAGACAGGAGCCAUGAAACUAAAAGAGCAUUUCAGAGCCAAAGCUGUUCGAAAACUACAUGAACAGAGAAAUAAAACCGAAAGUGAACCAUUAAAGUGUAGUGAUUCGCCUAAAACGGAAGAUCCAACCUUGUUUUUGGUUGACAGAAAUCCUUACAAAGCCUUACAAAAGAAAAACAUCCUUCAUGCACCACAACCAGGUACAUUAAGAUGUCAAACAUCAAUGCAUGAAGAGAAUGACUGUCAGGAGCUCUGUAAAGCCAUGUAUCUACCCGCUGUCCAUUCCUCAUCCUCUCUAAUGAAUGAAUAUGUUGAACUUUGGCUACAGAAGAGUCAAGCAGAACUAAAUGCUCAAGUUGAACCACAAACUACAACCGAGCAGCAGAAAACAAGCUGUCAUGGUGGUUUACACGAACCUAAGGAUCGUAAGAUUAAAGAAAGAGACGAGAGGUCUGAGUGUUCAGUGUUUAAUCCAGAAGGUGUUUUAAGGACAGCGAUGCCAAUGAGACACUCGUGUGUUAAUGACACAUCAACAAAAUCUUCUCUUAAUGGACAUUCGCCAUUAAAUAUGACGUCAGGUCAUGAAUUGACACCAGUGCCUAUGAAACAGUCCUCUCCUGUUAAUCCAAAAGAUGAAAAGAUCCUUCAAACUCCAUCAGCAGACAAAUAUACAUCAUCUCCAAUAAAUACUUCACAAGGCAAUUCACAACCAAGCCAACCUUCCUUAGAAACCAUCCCCAAGAAUAACACAAUGGUUAAAGCGUCACUGUUCAAUAACCAACCUGCUGAAAAAACACCAACAACAAAGGGACUGUUGGAUAUGAAAGCGACCCUCAUACAAACAUCACAUAUAAAAAAGCCAGCACAAGAAAAAGUGCAAAUAAAUAGUGAAAAAGCAAAUCAGAUUUCUGAACUAAAGAAUACGCCCUCAUAUGACACAGAGAAUGGUACAUCUUUAAAGACAAUAAAAGAAAUUCAAACACAGCCUUCAUCAGAACGAAGAGAAGAAUGUUACUCAGUCAAAAUGGCCGUUAGUCCAGAUAUGAAACCAGUACUCGAUCAGCUCUGCUAUAUCCUUCAGUCACUUCGUGAGAUCACACUACUUCGUUUGAAAAAGUCCAAAAGUGUGCCAGAUAUUUCCUUAUGCUUGGCAUCUACAUUUGGCUCCUCCUCCAGAAUACUCCUUGCUUUCCUUUCUAUUAUGACUUUAAAGGAUGGCUUACAGCGCUUGAAUGUACGAUGUCAGGCUGAGAGCGAUUCAAGCUGUUCUGAGGCGAUGCUCAUGCUGCGAUCACUAAAGGAAAUAGUGAGAAUAGAUGAUCCAGACCAGAUGAAUCAACAGCUGACCGAUCUGCACGCUUCAGCAUCCAUUCAUCUACUACAAAGAUGGAAGAGCUUCCAAGAACUGUGCAAUACGGCAAAGAGCCACACCAUUGGAUUGGAUCGCAGGUCAAGCUCAGAAGAGGAAGACCAGGCGAUCCAAGUGCUGAUGGGAGAUUUAGGGGUUCCUGAAAGAGUCAGAGAGGAGCUUGCAGCCAUAUGCAAUCAACUGUUGGCUGAAAACAUUGAGAAGGUUAACGGUUCACCCUCAGAAAUGGAGGAGAACAUAGUUGGAGAAACUACAGCUGGUCUCUCGGAUUUUGUUCUGGAAGAUUACGUGAACCAGUAUGUUACUUCAGUUAUUGACAAGGCAGUAAAUGCACGCUUGCAGGAGAGUGACACGUCUCAGAUUUUCAUGGUAGAAUCGCCAUCAACACCUGACAAAGAAACGACUUUGACCGAAAGACACGAAAAAGAAAACUUUAUACUUGGUUCAGAUAUCUGUGAGGACAUGUCAUCUAUUGAAUCCAGCUUUGGGAUGGGGAUGCAUGAAGAAUUGGAUUUAAAGAGAACAGAAGACCGAGAAAGACUAGAAGAUGAAAGAGAGAAUCAGACAAAGGAGGACAAGAUAAGAGUAGAAAGACAAAGAGGAAUUGUUGAACAAACGGGAAGAUUGGAGGAUAUUAAUUUUGCAGUAGAGAAUUAUAAAUCUCUAGAAGUUAUGAGACAAGUCCCAACAAAAGACCUUCAACUAUCAGAGUCACUGGUUAGCUGUGAAAUAACACCAGUGUCUCCUGACGAAAGAUCUUUCGGUAAAGCAGAUCAUCUUGUACUGAAGCAUCCUAUGUCUUAUGAUAAUGCAGAAAAUUCAGGAAGUCAAAGUAAGUCUCAGACAUUGCAAACACAAGUUCAGAUAAAUAACCCAACAAGAACAGAUAUUGUGUUACCUGAACAGCCAGGUAUUUCUCAUGACAUUCAACCAAAUGUGGAUGAGUAUGAGAUCAAACCUUCAAACACACAUCAGGACUUUGGUACAGGAAAUAUGAUUGAUUCAGAGGAGGAUGACGUGAUUAUAGAGACACCACAAUGCUACACCAUCUACCAGGAGAACUUUCCAGAUAAAGUCAGUGAGUAUGAAGAAAAGAAUGUUGGUUUUAUGGAAGAAAAAACGAAUUCUGUGACAAAGCUUAUCAGCAGUCUAAAUUACCAAGAAAGACUUGUGGACAAGAUCAUUUAUAAUACAGAUCAGAUGUCUGAGGAGAGGUUCUUCAACCACAUCAACGUGGAAAAUCUGAGGCCAAAGACGACUACAGACACAUCAAUGGAUCCUCUCUCAUCGUCAUUAGCAUUCAGCUAUGACACCAAAACCAGCACUUUGGCAAAAGAUCCAGAAGCAAAUAUCCAGAUCGACAGAGUCAAAUCCAUCCGAGAAAUGUUUCUUGCUAAGAGCAAUACAGACACGCGGCACAGACAGACACAUCUGACCACCUCAAGUUCUGAUCCGUCUGAAUUUCUGGACAGCAUUGAACACCAGUUAUCAAAAGAUGAUAAGGACGCAUGCCGACUGGCCAUUGCCAAGGGUUACGUAAAACAAACUAUCGAACGACUUUACGGAAAAGGAUGUAAAGGAUCUGCUCCUGAUGACAACCGACCCCCAUCAGCUCACAAGGCCAAGAAAAGAGAAGGCCAUAAAGGUGCAAACGUCACCAGUCUGGCAUCCAUCCAUGAGGCCCGCACUAAUGCCACAUCCGAACUGUCAUACUUCAAUGCCACAGACUGUGUUACUCUGAAGGCUCGAACGGGACCCAAGGAAGCAGUCCUCAUCGAUAAGGGUCGCUGGUUACUUCGGCAAAACCAAACAAGCCCCGAAUCUUCACCACAGCAUGAAGACACUUCCAAGAAUGAACAGGAGAAGGUGAUCGAGUCGGACCUGGAUUUAGGUAAAGAAGACGCUCCUUACUCAUUAUUCGGCUCCAUGACACCUGACAGAGUUCCUCCAUUCGCAGAGCGAGAGGAACACGAAGGAUCCACAGGAACGCCGUUCACAUACUUUCACCUUCCAAACGCUGGUGAUCCUGAGAUGGAGACAGAAAAUGCAAAGAGAGAAACGGAUAAUACAGUAACUCCUUUAAUAAAGUCGUCUAAAGGCUGCGCUGAGAAACAUGGUAUCCUGACUAUUUUUAGUCUACCGGAUAUCAAGAAAGCUAAUAAAGUGCAACCGAUGACAGAAGCGACACCUCCAGUAGUUUCUCAGCCAACCAAAGGACCGAGUGUCCAAACGGAGCUAUCAAAACGUUCAACAGAACCUGACGCGCUGGAGAUUCUCUAUGUGUUUUGUGGACAGCACUGCCCCUUACUUUAAACCAGUGGUUCUCAAACUAGGGGGGCUUCAAGGUUACGCCAUCCAGUUUGGUACAGAAAUAAAAAAAUUCAUUGUUGGGUUUUUAUGUUAGUUCCUAUAGUUAAACAAGGCCCUUAAUCUUUCAGCUCCCUGGCAUUCCUGUUCUUACUGGGCCCUAUAAAUAUACUGUAAAAUAUCAUCAAGCAACAUAAAUUUCUGUGCUACUUAACCAUGUUUCAAUUUCAUUUUUUAAGAUUCAACUUGAAGUUAGUUUAAGUUAGUUGAAAUGAUUUGUUUAUUUGAUUCAAUUUCAACUUAAAAUUUUAAGGCAGCAACUCAUUUUUUUACAAUGUUACAACAUACCUGACCACUUUAUAUCAGUGGUACAAAUGUAAUGUCAUUAAAAUGUCAUUAAAGGUUAAUACUCUGUCAAA